ACGCCGAGAGCAAGGCCGUUGCUGCGGCCCGGGCCCGGGAAGCGGCGGAGGCCGAGGCGGCCGAGGCUGCGGCCCGCGAGGAGGCGGAUGCCGAGGCUCGCGCCGAGGCGCCGGCCCUGCGCCAGGGCGCGGGGGCCUCCGAGGCGGCAGCCGCCGAGGCUGCUGCUGCUGAUGGAGACGUGGGCCCGGGGACGUCGGCUGGCGAUCUGAUCGUCCUGACCAGACAGACACCGAGCUGAACGAAGCCCAUUCUGCCACCGAGACGGCCGGCCGCACGGCGGCCCACGCAGUGGCGGCCGCUGCUGGGCCGGACGCCCCCGCGGGCGCGGGCGUGGACGCGGCUGCUGGCGAGGGCGCGGAGGCAGAUGCAGGCGCGGACGGAGACGCAGGCGCAGACGCGGACGAGGACGACGACGAGGAGGAUGCGGGCGAGCACAAGGAGCCCGUGCACAAUGACACGAGGAGUGAGGCCGAAAGGGCAGCGCUCGCUGCUCGCGCAGAGAUCGAGCACCCGCCAGGCUCGCUGUGCGUGGACAUGCAGGUGGUGCUCGCUGUUGAGAUGUCCACGCAUCCGUUCAAGUCCUUCCUCUUCGAUGGGAUCCUCGGACUGAGUCUGGACGGGCUCGCGCUCAACGAUCAAUUCAGUGUCGUCGACGUCCUCAUGGGCGAGAGGAAGGUCGAGCGGCCGCACUUUGGCGUCUUCCUGACCGAGGGCGAGGACGGCGAGGACAACGAGAUUGCAAUGGGCGGGCACAACCCAGAGCGCGUGCUCGAGCCGUUGACAUGGGCGCCGGUCGUGAUGGCCGACAUGGGGUACUGGUUGGUCAGGAUCGUCGCCGUCCGCAUCAACGGCCAGGAGCUGGACGUGUGCAAGGAUGGUACUUGCCACGGCGUGGUGGAUACUGGUACCUCGCACCUGGGCGUCCCUGCGCCCUACGACGCAGAGGUGGCCGACCUGCUCACCACCCCAGCGGGGCAGCUGAAGGAUUGUCGCCUCGCAGAGUCGCCAGCGAUUGAAAUCGAGGUUGAAGGCUACAACCUAACGCUGCACUCCUUCAACUACAUGCGACGGCUUCCGCUCCGCGAGGGCGUGACGGUCGGCUCCAAGCAGGGCGUAUACAUACCCUCGAACGAGACGAACGCGACCCUGGAGCACCGAUCCUCGGCGGACGCUGUGCCCGAGGCAAACGUGACUGGCAACGGGAGCCGGUCUGUCGGCGUGAACGCCAGCGAGAACGUGACUGGUGACGCCACAUCCAAUGCCUCCUCGAACGGCACCGCGGAGGAGGACGAGGUGCGGCGCUACUGCCGGCCGCGCCUCAUGCCCGUGCGAUUGCCGGCGCCCCUCGGCCCGAAGUUGUUCAUCCUCGGGGAGCCCGUGCUGCAUCGCUACUACACGGUGUUCGACUGGGGGCAGCAGCGGGUCGCAUUCGGGCUCGCCAACAACCGCCGCAACACCAUGAGCGCCGAGGAGCUGGCGGCGCUCCGCAAGGACGGGGGCAUGCUGCCAAAGGAGGUGGACAUGCUGCUGAUGCAGACAACCACCGAGCGUGGCAGGCGGGCUUCUCCGAAGCUCUGAGGGGCCGGAGGUCGCUGUGUAGAGCGUCAUCGCCACAACUGGACUUUUCCCGCCAUGUGGCCCCAUGACACACAAGCAUCCCAAUCACUCCUGAUCAAUGCGUGUGCAGGUCGCUUCGUUGACGUGCAGGGUCGCUUGUUCC